ACGGAUUUUGAAGAGGCACAACUCACACGAUGCCUCCAAAAAAGCUGAACAGGGAUGGGGAUCAGAAGGCUGAGGAGGAUAAGAAAACCAACAAACCUACUGUUUCCGAUGAAGAAGUCCGCCAGGAAUCAGGGAAAGCCGCCAACGCUGCCCUUGCAGCUCAGAAGAAGGCCAAAGAAUUGAAGGAUGCGGCUGCAGCAGCCGGCGAUCCUGAAGAGCGAGAGAAAUUAACGGCAGAAGCUACAAAUGCCGAGAUUGAGGCCGAGUCAUUUGGAAAGACAGCAAAGUACCUACGCUCAGGCGCAUUUCAGGGCAUGGCUAUGGGUACAGGUCUUGGUGUUGCACCAGGAGCAACUUUAGGGGCAAUCAGUGGGACCUUAGUUGGAGCAAGCGAGGAGCAAAAGAGGACAUUGGAAAAGAUGGUCGGCCAGGCCAAAGACGAAGAGACGCCUGGUACCGAGGAGCUCGAGAAGUUUAAAAGCGAGGGCGGUGGAGGCCAGCUGGAUGAAGGGUGGCUGCAGAAUGCAAAGGGCAUGCUUCCAAAACAAGAGGAUGUCUCGGAUGCAGCCAAAGCGGGUGCACAGGCAACCGGUAGUGAAUCGGUGCUGGAGUCUAAGGACGGCACAUCAGACCAGCAGCCGCACCAAGGCUUGGCCCAUGCGGACGGUCCUGGAGUUCGUAAAAAGCCACGCAAACUGAAUUCUAGGCCGACCGGUGGCAGCGAUCGAGUGCCAGAUGCGGACGGCAAUGACAAUACGAAGAACAAGCCAACUCAAGGCAAGCAGGGGUCAGACACACAUAACGAAGGAGAGAUGGACGAGCGCACGAAGAGGCUAAAUCAGCGCGAGGCUGACCUGGACCGUAGAGAAGCUGAGUUGAAACAGAGGGAAAAGACGUUGGAGAAGCGUGAGAAGGAACUUGAGUCUAGAUCAACUGGCCACGGCCCGCAGCGCUCAACCACACCGGAACCGAAAGGACAUCCCCGCAAACUCGGAACCAAAUCUUGAGAUCAUCAUGCUUUGCUUCGUAAGUGUCUCAAGGAGUUGUCUCGACUACGCGCGAACACGUCCCGUUGUGAGAUUGAAAUGGCCACUCCACAAGACCUAAGCAGAAGCCUUGGUGGAAGCCUUGGGCAAAUACAAUAAUCAAACUCAUUCAAGAUGCCCCAGUAAUUUCGCCUACACUCGACCGUGCCUUGGCCUCUACUCAGCGUCAGAUCCACGCCAUUCC